CCGGAAGGGGAACUUGUUAAUCAAGGGUGUUAAUCAAGGGCCCUGACGCUCCUUUCCUGCCCGGCCCCGGCUUUGGGGACGGUGGCAGGGGGGGCUGCAGGCUCGGGUUGAAGGGGGGGAUUCCUCAGUGAGCAGCUACCCAGCCCAGGGGGGGGUUCCCACCCCUGGGUUUGGGGGAAAAACCCCAAGAAAACGGGGUAAAGAAGAUGGCGCUGGGGCUCCUCGUGGACCUGGACCUCCUCUUCCUCCUCUUCCUCCUCUUCGUCCCUCGAGCCCUGGCACAGUGCGGUGCCCACCGUGCCACCGUGGUGGGGGCCGUCGGGGGGUCCGUGUGCCUCAGCCCCAGCCCCGAGCACGGCCACGGGAGCUACUCCCGGAUCCACUGGAGGCUGAACGAGAGCAGGAAGUUGGCGAGCUGGGACCCCCAGCAGAAGGUGCAGUACCCCCCCAGUGCCCGCAGGGACCGCCUGGAGCUCCUGGGCAACUUCUCGCUGAGGAUCAGCCGCCUGCAGAAGGGAGACAGCGGCGAGUACCAGCUGUACCUGGAGGAUGCCACGGGCAGGGAGGACAAGGACAGGGUCACCCUGAGGGUGUACGACGUGGUCCCGAAGCCCACGGUGACGGUCACGGUGACCCAGGACGAUGACCAGCAGUGCAAUGCCACCCUGGAGUGCUCCGUGGGGCUCCAGGAGGUGACCUACGAGUGGGUCCCCCCCCGGCAGGUCCUGCUGGAGGCCGGGGGGGGCCCCGUCCAGAAGGUCUCCUUCAACCCCUCGGAAGGGACCUACGUGUGCAGGGUCAGCAAUCCCGCCUCCUCCAACAGCGCCUCGCUGACCUACAGGCACCCCUGCUCCUGGACGGUUGAAUCCUCCACUGAUGCCUCCUCCUGCACGGCCACGGGCGGGCUGCUGGUCCUGGGCCACCUCCUCCUCCUCUUCCUCCACCUCGCUCUGGCUUGAGGACCCUGCAAGUUCACCUCUGUCCUCAGCUCCUCACCCCCCCAGCAUCGGGAUGAGGCUCCCCUGGGAGCAGAGGGGUUGUGGUGGUGGCUCAGGGAACGAUUCCAACCGCAUUCCUCAAUCCCCGGGAAAUCCUCCUCUCCCUCUCCCUCACCCCGAGGUCGGUGGGGCCACCGAGUCUGAGCCUUUCCCGGGGAUUUUGGGCAUCCUGCAUUUUUCCAGGACCAUCUCCAGGGGGCAGAGCCGGGGUGGUGACACCUCUGCGUGUCCUCCCUGCUUUGAGGACCUUCACAAACACCUGUUUACACAUUAAAUACUUACCUGAACAC